CUGAGCGGCUGUCGCUUGGCAUCGGGUUCGUCUCCCGCCGCCGGGUUCGUCUCCCGCCGCGGACGCCCGGGCGAGGAAGGAGAGAAGAUGGUGGUCCUCCGCAGCAGCCUAGAGCUGCACAGCCACCCCGCCGCCUCGGCCACGGACUCUCUGGACCUGUCCAGCGAGUUCCUGAGCCUGGAGCAGAUCGGCCGGAGGCGGCUCCGCUCGGCCGGCGCCGCUGAGCAGUCCGCCGUCACCGUGGCCGCCGCGGGCGAUGGGUCUUCAGUUAAGGAAGUCGAAACCUACCACCGGACACGUGCUUUAAGGUGCUUGAGAAAAAAUGCACAGAAUUCUUCAGAUUCUAGUUUUGAUAAGAAUAUGGAAAUAACGGAGAAACAUACUAAUGGCAGGCAUUUUACAAGGCAGUUGGCCAGACAGCAGGCUGAUAAAAAAAAAGAAGAGUGCAAAGAAGACAAAGUAAUUACAGUUACUCGGUCAUUGAGGACUAGAAACAUAGUUCAAAAGACAGAACGCUUGCAUGAAGAGAAUGGUGAUGUUGAAGUUCGCCGAAGUUGCAGGAUUAGAAGUCGUUAUGGUAGCGUGAACCAGUCUGUACUAUUUGACAAACUUAUAACAAACACUGCUGAAGCUGUACUUCAAAAAAUGGAUGAUAUGAAGAAGAUGCGUAGACAGCGAAUGAGAGAACUUGAAGACUUGGGAGUGUUUAAUGAAACAGAAGAAGGGAAUCUUAAUAUGUACACAAGAGGAAAACAAAAAGAUAUUCAAAGAACUGAUGAAGAAACAACUGACAAUCAAGAAGGCAGUGUGGAGUCAUCCGAAGAGGGUGAAGACCAGGAAGAUGAAGAUGAUGGUGAAGAUGAAGAUGAUGAUGAAGAAGAUGAUGAUGAAGAAGAUGACGAUGAUGAAGAUGAUGACGAUGAUGAAGAUGAUGACGAUGAAGAUGAAGAGGAUGGAGAAGAAGAUAAUCAGAAACGAUAUUAUCUUAGACAGAGAAAAGCUACUGUUUACUAUCAGGCUCCAUUGGAAAAACCUCGUCAUCAGAGAAAGCCCAACAUAUUUUAUAGUGGCCCAGCUUCUCCCAAAAGACCAAGAUAUCGAUUAUCUUCUGCGGGACCAAGAAGUCCUUAUUGUAAACGAAUGAACAGGUGCCUCCCACUAAAUUUUCGGAAAGAUGAAUUAAAAGGAAUUUAUAAAGAUGGAAUGAAAAUUGGAGGAAGCCUUGCUGAUGUUGAUCUAAUGCAAGUAGAUUCUUCAGUGCGAUUUGAUAGUGUUGGUGGCUUGUCUAAUCAUAUUGCAGCUCUAAAAGAGAUGGUGGUGUUUCCACUACUUUAUCCAGAAGUCUUUGAAAAAUUCAAAAUUCAACCUCCAAGGGGUUGCUUGUUUUAUGGUCCACCUGGAACUGGAAAAACUCUGGUUGCUAGAGCACUUGCCAAUGAAUGCAGUCAAGGGGAUAAAAGAGUAGCAUUUUUCAUGAGGAAAGGUGCUGAUGGUCUGAGUAAGUGGGUAGGAGAAUCUGAAAGACAGCUGCGAUUGCUAUUUGAUCAGGCCUAUCAGAUGCGCCCAUCAAUUAUUUUCUUUGAUGAAAUCGAUGGUCUGGCUCCAGUACGAUCAAGCAGGCAAGAUCAAAUUCACAGUUCAAUUGUUUCCACCCUGCUAGCUCUUAUGGAUGGAUUGGACAGCAGAGGAGAAAUUGUCAUCAUUGGUGCUACGAACAGACUGGAUUCUAUCGAUCCUGCUUUACGAAGGCCUGGUCGUUUUGACAGAGAAUUCCUUUUUAGCCUACCUGAUAAAGAUGCUCGAAAAGAAAUUCUAAAGAUUCACACAAGGGAUUGGAAUCCUAAACCACUGGACAUAUUUCUAGAAGAACUAGCGGAAAACUGUGCUGGAUACUGUGGUGCAGAUAUUAAGUCAAUAUGUUCUGAGGCUGCUCUGUGUGCUCUGCGUCGACGCUACCCACAGAUCUAUACCACCAGUGAGAAACUACAGUUGGAUCUCUCUUCAAUUAAUAUCUCAGCUAAAGACUUCGAAGUAGCUAUGCAAAAGAUGAUACCAGCCUCCCGAAGAGCUGUGACAUCACCUGGGCAGGCACUGUCCGCCAUUGUGAAACCACUUCUGCAAAGCACAGUUGACAAGAUCUUAGAAGCUCUGCAGAGAGUAUUUCCACAUGUGGAAAUCGGAACUAAAAAGGCAUUAGACUCAGAUAUUUCUUGUCCUCUUUUAGAAAGUGACUUGGCAUACAGUGAUGACGAUGUUCCUUCAGUAUAUGAAAAUGGACUUUCUCAAAAAUCCUUUAAUAAGGGAAAAGAAAAUGUUAAUUUUCUUCAUUUGAAUAGAAAUACUUGUUAUCAACCUAUGUCUUUUCGACCAAGAAUAUUGAUAGUAGGAGAACCAGGAUUUGGGCAAGGUUCUCAUUUAGCACCAGCUGUCAUCCAUGCUUUGGAAAAAUUUGCAGUGUACACAUUAGACAUUCCUGUUCUUUUUGGAGUCAGUGCUACAUCUCCUGAAGAAACAUGUGCCCAGAUGAUUCAUGAAGCUAAGAAAACAGCACCAAGUAUAGUGUAUAUUCCUCAUAUUCACUUGUGGUGGGAAAUAGUUGGACCAACACUUAAAGCCACAUUUACCACAUUAUUACAGAAUAUUCCUUCUUUUGCUCCAGUUUUACUACUUGCAACUUCUGACAAACCCCAUUCCACUCUACCAGAAGAGGUACAAGAAUUAUUUGUCCAUGAUUAUGGAGAAAUUUUUAAUGUCCAGUUGCCUAAUAAAGAAGAACGGACACAAUUUUUUGAAGAUUUAAUUCUAAAGCAAGCUGCUAAGCCUCCUAUAUCAAAAAAGAAAGCAGUUUUGCAGGCCUUGGAGGUACUCCCUGUAGCACCACCACCUGAACCAAGACCAUUGACAGCAGAAGAAGUGAAACGACUAGAAGAACAAGAAGAAGAUACAUUUAGAGAACUAAGGAUUUUUUUAAGAAAUGUUACACAUAGGCUUGCUAUUGACAAGCGAUUCAGAAUAUUUACUAAACCUGUUGACCCUGAUGAGGUUCCUGAUUAUGUCACUGUAAUAAAGCAACCAAUGGACCUUUCAUCUGUAAUCAGUAAAAUUGAUCUCCACAAGUAUCUGACUGUGAAAGACUAUUUGAGUGAUAUCGAUCUAAUCUGUAGUAAUGCUUUAGAAUACAAUCCAGAUAGAGAUCCUGGAGAUCGUCUUAUUAGACAUAGAGCCUGUGCUUUAAGAGAUACUGCCUAUGCAAUAAUUAAAGAAGAACUUGAUGAAGACUUUGAGCGGCUUUGUGAAGAAAUUCAGGAAUCUAGGAAGAAGAGAGGUUGUAGCUCUUCCAAAUAUGCUCCAUCUUACUACCAUGUAAUGCCAAAGCAAAAUUCCACUCCUGCUGGUGAAAGAAGACCAGAUCCAGAGAAAAAUGAAAAGCUGAAGACCCCCAGUACUCCUGUGGCUUGCAGCACUCCUGCUCCGUUGAAGAGAAAAAUCCGCAGAAAGUCGAAGUGGUACUUAGGCACCAUAACAAAACGAAGGAGGAUAUCACGGGCAAAAGAUGAUGGCCAAAAUGUCGUAGAUGACAAAAUUGAGAAUGAUACAGAGGAAAAUCAAGACACAAGCGUAGACCACAAUGCGGCUGGAGACAUAGGGGAGUCUUCAAUAGAGGAAAACGAAAAGCAGCAAAAUGCCUCUGAAAGCGAAAUGGAAUUGGGAAAUAAUUAUUCAAGUACUUGUUUUGAAAAUCAAGUUGAAGAAUCUGGAAAGACUAUAGCAUGUACAGAAUUGAGGAAAGAUAAGAUCACUUGCAAUGGAGAUGCUUCUGGCUCUGAGAUAGCAGAUACUUCUGAUGAAAAUGAAGCAAAAGAAAUGUGUGUUCUGCGAAUGACUCGAGCUAGACGUUCCCAAGUAGAGCAACAGCAGCUCAUCAGUGUUGAAAAGGCUUUGGCAAUUCUUUCUCAGCCUACACCCUCACUUGUUGUGGACCAUAAGCAAUUAAAAAAUCUUUUGAAGACUGUUGUUAGAAAAAGUCAAGAAUACAAUAUUUCUCAGUUGGAAAAUUUGUAUGCUGUAAUCAGCCAGUGUAUUUAUCAGCAUCGCAGGGAUUAUGACAAAACAACACUUAUUCAGAAAAUGGAGCAAGAAAUAGAAAACUACAGUUGUUCCAGAUCAUGAGGUUAUGGUACCAAAUAUUCUUUAUAUUCCGUUCCUAUUUAAUUCACCUUUGUCAUGCUGACAUAACUGAUGCAAGAUGAAAUCCUGUAUCUUUAAGGAAAAGAUUAAAAUAGUAAAUAAAAAUAUUUAAACUUUUCUGGUAUUUAUGUACAUGUGUAAGAUAAAUUACAGAGAUAACUGAUAAAUAUUGGAAUUUUCAUUGAGUCACUGUAGUAUAGUAUUCCUGUGCUUAUCAGUAGUUAAAGUGUGGCCAACUCUUAAUAAAGUUAUUUUGAUAACUAAUGUUUAUGGCACUUAAGAGUAAUUAGUGGGCUUCCCUGGUGGCGCAGUGGUUGAGAAUCUGCCUGCCAAUGCAGGGGACACGGGUUCGAGCCCUGGUCUGGGAAGAUCCCAUAUGCCGCGGAGCAACUGGGCCCGUGAGCCACAAUUACUGAGCCUGUGCGUCUGGAGCCUGUGCUCCGCAAUAAGAGAGGCGGUGAUAGUGAGAGGCCCGCGCACCGUGAUGAAGAGUGGCCCCCGUUUGCCACAACUAGAGAAAGCCCUCACACAGGAACGAAGACCCAACACAGCCAUAAAUAAAUAAAUAAAGCAAACUGUCAACAAGUAAAAAUAAAUAAACACUAUUAUAUUUAAGGGCAGUCUGUUCCUUUAAAAAAAAAAAAGAGUAAUUAGUGACAUUGACAUUCUUUUGUUUUAAGCACUUUUAAUUUUAUCCUUCCUAAAAAUAGUUUAUUGUGUCAGACUAGAAACUUAUUUAACCAUUGUCUCUUUGCCAUCCUUUGUCAUCUUUGUUUUCUUCAAUGCCCAUCUCCCAUCUGCCUUUAGCGUCCUCGCCUGUUCACUUAAAAGCUAGUGUUCAAGUAGUGAUUUGCAGGAGGGCCCUUGAACAACUUCUAGCUGCACAAUUCUGUACUUGAAGGUCAAAAUUAAUGCUUUUUAGAUAAACAUUUUUUAUAAUUCUCAUUUGGAUUAAUAAAAAUUUUAAAUAUUUUUCGGUUUACUUUU